CACUUCCCCCCCUCGCUUGCCGCCGAUCAACGUCACCAGCAUGGUCGUCACCGUGUGUGCCGUAGCAGUUGCAGCAGCCGGUACCAUUGCUCUCGCAGGUGUCGGGCCGUACGCAGGAGUACGCCAUGGUCUGGUCCCGGACGAACAUACGUACCCCGAGGAUGCCCUCGGAGCCCAUGGUGGUGCUGCUGGACUCGUUGCUGAAUUUUGGAGUCAGUUCGCUGUGAGUGUUCGCCAUCUGAACUAAUAUGGUGUUGCUCUGCGGCGCAAGCGACGCAGCCGAGAGGUUGAGGCGGGUCCCCGUGCCUCCUCCACCUUCGAGUGCGUGUCUGAGCCCGUCCUAAGCCGCCCCAGACUUUUUUAUUGUAUUGGCUUUGAAUGAGGGGCGAUCUUGCGUCGUAUCUUGUAAAUCUCUAUGUUGCCUCGAUGUGCCAGUUCCUCUUCCUCCUCCUGCUUCCGUUGUUCGUUCGUGUGGGACCUCAGUGCGAGGUCCCCUGACACAGUCCAGUUAGGUCUACGCACUCGGGAGCUGCCUGGUUCCCGGGGGAUGCACUCGCGAGCUGCCCAGUUCCCGCCCAUCCUCGGAGCCUUUUUCCUUCGGCUGAUAUCCAGUCUUUCUCGUGGUCGCGGGUACCGUUUUCGUUCUGCUGCAGUCUGCUUGUCCGCAGCAGCUCUGCGCGCAUCGCCCGUGCAGUCCUGCAAUUUUUCGCAAACAGCACCCACGCCCGAGCGCGCGUCCGUGCAGCUUGAGCCAAAAUGGCCACGAGUCUCCUGCCCCCUCGUUCGUCUCCUUUCCUUCCGUUUCGUCCCGCCGUUUGAUACAGCCGCCGGCUUUAGAUAUUGGGGUAGAAGCUGAAAUUUCGGAAGCGCCCUCAGGAGACGCCAGCCCCGUUUCAUGCCAGAAGAGCUCGGUCCAUGAAGGACCUGAUCAUGACCCACUGGGCAUCUAUCGGCCAUGGGCAGGGUCAUCCGUUUGGAGCACACUGGAUGGACGAGCCGUCUUCCCCUCGAUGGCACUGGACGAGACCCUGUGGGAAGCUCUGGUGACCGCCUCCUCCUGCCUCCGGCCUCCCGCUCUCGCUCCCUCUGCUCGCCGUCCGCGUUCACCACGACGAUCACGGCGACGACGAUCACGUCUGCGACGUCGACGACGAGCGCUGCGCGAGGGGCCCGCCAUCUCCGGGCAUGGGCCUCGAGGGAUGAGAGGCUGCUCCUCAGCCGGCGAGGCCGCACCGUCGGGAACAGCCGCAGAGGCUGCCGCGGCAGCGGACUCUGGACCGACACGACGGCAGCAGUGGCCUCCUCCCGAGUGGCGGCGAUGCGGCCAAGUGGGAGCAGUGGCGAGAGCGCAAGGCGAAGCUGAAGGCGAAGAGGCAGGGCGUGGCCGCAGAGGGCAGGCCACGGCUGCAGAGGUAUAUGACUGGCAUCCCCCAGCGGCAGCCUCUGCACUCCGACCACGGCUCGGACCGCCUCCUCAUAUGGCGGCUCGCCGGGAACAGCCCCCGCCUGAGGCGACUGAGGGGAGUGGCCUCGUGCACCCUCUCCGCCCCAGCGUCGCUCUUCUCGCACCGGAACUGGUCAGCAGGCCCAGACGUCAUGUGGACGCUGGACGGCAUCUGCGACGUGCACACCGCAGUGCGGUACUGGGUCAUCGGCUUGGAGGACGAUGGCGCCGAGAGGAUUGCGGCCUCCCGCCUGCUCGGGAACCCCUGAGAGGCUCCGAGGCCGAGGCCACCGUGCUUUUGCCAGGCGUGGCGGGCGCCGGCCGAGUUCCGAGCGCGCGCCGCGGCACGGUUCGCGGGCCUGAGACCUUUGGCGCCGCGAGGCCGUGGUGUACCCCCUUGGUGUACGGCCCCAGUGGAUGCAGGCGAUCCGGGGUGCAAAUACCGCCGCGACAUCGACGCGAUAGGUCGCGGACCUCGGCGACGAAGUCUGCUGGGGGGCAGCCGCUCACUAUGCGCUGUGUGGACACGCCCGACCUAAACGUGGUGCGUUUUCAGGCUGAGUCUCGGCGUCCUGUGGGCCAUUUCUGGGCUCCAGACUUUUCAUAGGUCGCCCAGGAAGCCUCCUGGAGGCUCGGAUAGGGCUAGACACCAGAACGCGUUCCUCCGCGACGAGAUCGGGGGCACGGUCUGAAAAAUCGUGACUCCCGAGGUCUCGGGUUUGGCGGCGCAGCUGGCAGCCAACGUCUCACUGCACACAGUUUUACCACGCGCCGCCUUUUUCAUUUGUCUUUUGGGCAGGCAGUCCCAGCCGCGGGGAGCAAGCCAGUGUGCACCCCACUCGUCCUGCCUGAACGGAAGGAGGAGGGGAUGAUGGGAAGGAGCGGGUGCAGUGAGGGACUGGCUGGUCUUUGCCACGCUUUUCAUCGGCACGACUCACGCAGUGUCGGCGCUUUGCGCCACGCUGCAGGUGCCUAGGAGGGCCGAGCGGUCUGUGCGGAUAGCGCUCAUCCCGCUUCACUGCAUGGACUCUCUGCCCUGCCGUGCUCCUGGCCCGUAAGGGUUGCAGGUGCCCACGUACGACUUUGUCGCCAGUUUCCAUUCUGCGAUAGACAGGCCGACCCUUGCCGCUACCCCCUCCCGAUCUUGCCCCACCUUCUUCCCUCUCCCCUCCUCACCCCACCUCUCCCUCCCUCUCUCCCUCUCUCCCGCCCUCUGUCAUCGCCCCCCUGGAAGAUGUUUCACUGUGUUCUGGCAGCCGAUCGCUCGUUGCCUCCAUCGGCGUGGCGAAAAA